UUAAAACAUAAAUACACGCUUAAGGGCUUCAAUCGAAUACUUAACUGUACGUGACAAUCGUGUGAAGAAAUCAGAUUGCAGCAUGAACGAAGGCAUACAUUGUCGCGAAGCAGAGUGUGACGAGGGAAGCUUCCGAAGAGGAAAUGAUGAAAAAGUGGUGAGCCCCUUUGAUGAGAAGAGAGUGAAGGUGAAGUGAUAGUGACAGCGACAGUGAUGGGGAUUGCAGAGAACUCAAAGGGGUUGGUUCUUGCCGUCGCAUCGGGUGUGUUCAUAGGAGCAAGCUUCAUUUUGAAAAAGAAAGGUCUUAAGCAAGCUGCUACUCACGGAACUCGUGCAGGAAUCGGAGGCUAUUCUUAUCUACUACAACCUUUCUGGUGGGCUGGCAUGGUUACAAUGUUUAUUGGGGAGGUUGCUAAUUUUGUGGCUUAUAUAUAUGCUCCUGCACUUCUGGUUACUCCCCUCGGCGCACUCAGUAUUAUUGUCAGUGCUGUCUUAGCCCACUUCUUGCUGAAGGAAAAGCUUCAGCAGAUGGGGAUUUUGGGAUGUGUGUUCUGCAUCGUGGGUUCAGUUCUCAUUGUCAUCCAUGCACCUCAAGAACACGCUUUGAAUUCUGUACAAGAAAUAUGGGAUCUCGCCACUCAACCCUUAUUUCUUGUUUAUGUGACCGUAACAGUGUCGGUCAUUUUAGCCUUGAUUUUGCAUUUUGAACCUCGCUAUGGUCAGAAAAAUAUGCUGGUCUACUUGGGAAUUUGUUCAUUAAUGGGCUCACUUACGGUUAUGAGCACAAAAGCCAUAGGAAUUGCAAUCAAGCUUACAUUAGAAGGAAUAAGUCAAUUAACGUAUCCUCAAACUUGGUUUUUUCUUGCCGUGGCUAUCAUAUGCAUCAUUACACAGUUGAACUACCUGAACAAGGCACUGGAUACGUUCAACACAGCUAUUGUCUCUCCUGUACACUAUGUCAUGUUUACAACUCUGACUAUUAUUGCUAGUGUGAUAAUGUUUAAGGAUUGGUCUGAUCAGAGUGCAAGCAGCAUAGCCUCUGAAAUAUGUGGAUUUAUCAUUGUCCUUUCAGGAACAAUCUUAUUGCAUGCCACAAGAGAACAAGAACAACCAAACAUGCGAGGGUCCUUAACAUGGUACAUUGGUGAAGACCUGGUGAAGGGCAUUGAAGAUGAACGCCUGAACCUUAUUAUACACAGUUCAGAUUACGUUGAACAGUGACAUUUUCGGAGGUUGAUGUAAGAGAACCUGUUCUCAUAGCAUCUUCCAACAAUGCAAAGAUGAACCAAGAGGGUUCAUGAUUUGGAGCAUUUGCAACCUGCGUAGUUUAAGCAAUGUAGGUAGUUUGAAUUAUAAAAUGUGUGAUUUAAGCAAAUCCUUUCCAAAAUAAAAUUGGGAUUUGAAUUAAAAUAGGUAGUUUGAAUUAUAAAAAGUAAAGAAGGAAUUAAAGAGGAAGAGAUAUAAUGAUGGAGUGAAUGGUUGUUGGUUUUUUUGGCUCAAAAUAGAUGGAUGUAUUUGCAUCACAUAAUGAAUGAAUGAAUUUGAAGAGUAGUGUGGAAGUAAUAAAUCGAGGCAUUGACAUGUGAUAUUGUGGUUGGAAAGAAGAAAAAAUUUCUAGAAUUUUAAGCAGAUACAGUUCACAUUCACACACUAGGGAGCUUAUUUUUCCGACACUUCGGACUCUCUUCAUUAAUGGUGGUGGCUACCUUCACGGCUCACUAAAUACUCAUCACUGCUAUGCCAACGGCUAUGCAAAUUACCAUUACAACUUGUAAUAAACAUGUUUUCUAAGAUACAGAU